UGGAAUUCGCUGGUCUUGCUGGUUCUUGCUCUGCGUCACGUCCCCAAGUCCCGCAUGUGUUUCUAAACGGCCCCGCACGGUAGUUGGCGCCCAUCUUGAUCUGAUUAAAUAGGAGCCGAAAACACCGAUGGAUCUGGACUAUCGGAGUCUUUUGGCACCAAAUGGCCUGUCAUCUCAUGUCAAUCUGAUAACGCCCCCGGGUGCAUCUAGCGACCCUCGGAACCACCCCAGUAUGCCCGGACCAUUGACGGCGUAUGAUCAGUCCUCUAGGAACUCCGAACCUUGCAAGAUGGAGAAGGCCCCGCCUGUCGCGAGAAAGCGCCGGGGGGGGAGUCGGAAGGCUUGUAAUGAAUGUAAGCAGCAAAAGCUCAAAUGUGACAUUGUCUCUGCCCCUGCUACGGCAUGCUCGCGUUGCCGGCGUCUGCAAAUUGAAUGCAAGGUCGAGCCGACAUUUACGCGCAUUUCCAAGCGCAGACGCAAUGCCGAGAUGGAGCGAGAGAUCGCUGACCUCCGGCGCCGGCUAGCCAGCGGAGAACAUGCGCCGACGACAGAGGCCAACGCCAGCGAUGACUUAUCCCAGUGUUCGGAAGAUGUGUUCUGUCGCCCCGAUUCCGCCGGGGCCUCCGCUCGGCAACGACCCAUGUCGGCGCCGUUGGGGCCUCAGCCGCUAGCUACCCCGAUGACCAUGCAUCAGGACGGGCCCGUCUUGUCCCAGGAGGACAAUUUAUGGCGACUGGAGGAUGUCUCCUUGUCCAAACCCCGCGUGGAACGCUUAUUUGACCAGUUCUUUAAGUACUAUCACCCCUUUCUGCCGCUAUUGAACGCGCAAAAACCCCCGGACGAGUACCUUCGUCGGUGUCCGUUGCAGGCAUGGACCAUCAUCUGCAUUGCCAGCCGAAGGGCACCAUCCGAGCCCGGCCUUCUUAGUGCACUCUCAGCACCCUUCAGCCGACUCCUCUGGUCGACCAUCACCGCUGUCCCCCAAGACUAUCGUGUGGUCAAGGCCCUUUGCCUUCUCUGCACGUGGCCUCUCCCCACGACGAGCCAGAGGACCGACGCGACCUUCAUGCUCAGUGGACUGAUGAUGCAGAUUGCCAUGCAGCUGGGGCUGCAUCGGCCGGUCCAGGCGGAGGAGUUCACUACUUUCCGCAUGGAGGCUCAAGGGGAAGCCCUCAAGGACCGUCUGCAGACGUGGGUCAUCUGCAAUAUAGUAGCACAAAACGUCGCCACAGGCUACGGGCAACCACCGGGUACAAUAUACGACUGGGCUCUGGAGCCAGCGUCUCUGCGAGAUGCCGACUACAGCCCUCCGGAAGAUCUCCAGACGCGUCUUCGAAUCGAAAAGUUCUGUGAUCGGGUGACGAAGUCGCUGUACAGCAGCAAGCCCGAACCGGCGGAGUUCAUCAGCGCGGAGAAGCUGCUGAUCGUGCAGCUGCUGGAGAACGAGCUCCGGGAUAUGGAGGUGGAGCUUGGACGGAACAUCUCGCAUAUCAACAUGAUCCAUCUCCGAGCCGCCGAGCUGCACCUGCGAUACUUUGUCUUCCUAGGCGCCAAUGCACGCAGCGACGACCUCACAAAGCUGUUCAUCGCCACGACGUCCUUCCUGGGACGGGUCCUCGACCUAGAAACCUUCCCCGGCGAACUCAUCAGCCACGCAACGAACUACAUUCUACAGAUGAUCGUGUCAGCGGCAUUCGCACUGAUGAAGCUCCUCAAGAGCGUCUUCAACCGCCACAUCGACUUCGAGCACGGCAAGCUGCUCUUCAACGGGGCGAUCUCAGCGAUCCGACGGAUCAGCGUGAUGGACCACGACCGUCCGGUGCGGCUGGCGGACAUCUUGGCGCAGAUGUGGAAUGCCGGGGGCGUGGAGGCGGCGCUGGAGGAGGACUCGCUGCAGCUGAAGGUGCGGUGCCGCAUGAGCAUGAGCCACGUGUAUGACACGGUUUGGCGCUGGCGGCAGCGAUUCCGGCCAAUGAAGAGUAUAGAAGAUCCUGCCAUAACCGCCCAAACCAACCUCGGAACCGGACCCGGCCACCUCAGUCGCGCAGACGAGUCGCUCGCAGACCCGAGUUUGAUCUAUCCGCCCAAUUUCGACAACGGGGCGUUUAUCAGCGAGGCGGGGUUUUCGGAGGUGUUUGAUUCAUUGAACUGGGUGUUUGAAGGGAUCCCGGAUUCUUUCGUUGCGCCUCCUGUGAUGUGAGGAAUGUGCCAGGACUCCCUCCCUUGGGUACGCUACAACCACCAUGAAAAGGAGUUCAGGCGUGGAUG